AUGCUCAACAAUAAACUGUUAUCAGCAGCAGCCGAAUGGUUUGUGAGACAUAGAUAUAUGUUGGCUGGAGCCAUGAUUGCUCUCAAUAUUUUGAUGAUUGCUAACAGUGUUAUUGGCCUUGUUGGAUUCUGGGAAAAUAUAGCCGUUAUUGUCAGAAUAUCCAUUUUCAUUCUUCUUAUCUAUCAGUCAAUACCAUUCUGGCUUCAUCUUGGUCUUUCGUAUGGCGAUUUCAAACUUUUCCAUGUAAAAACUGCACGGCUUUCCAAGACACAAUGGCUCCUACUAUUCCUGUUUCACACUUUGUUGAGUGUUGGAUGCUAUGGACUCUUUUGUAUUGAUGCUAACAUCCUUGAGACAGAUGGACUAAUCGACAAUUUUCAUUUCAUCCGAUAUGCUUGUAUUGCUAUCAAUAUACUCUCUAUACCCAUGACUUAUCAUUUUCUACUCGCUUGGAAUUCUGAGAAGCUGGAAUUUGUUGGAAUUCAUCCGCAGACUAAACUGUAUUGGAAAGGAGUUAUGAGAAAGAUGGAAGAUGGGAAUUGGGAAGUGGAUCAGACUCCAGAAGAUCAUGAUUUAUUUCUGUCUGGCAAUGAUUGUGACUGUGACAAUGAUUGGGAUUUGUGA